GUAAUAAUAGCAACCUGGAAUAGUGUGAUUUUUUGUGGAUUGUUUUUGAGGCACUAGAAAUUUAUAGGAUCAAAUAAAAAAGAAGUCUAAUUGGGCAAAAUGAGGUUUGUUAUCUUUUUACAAUUCCUAUUCGUAAUGGUAAAUUCUUGUGAACAAUUUUGGAAAAAUUGGGGAAACGUUUCUUGUACAACGUCAGCAAACAGUUGCCAUAUGUCAAGUAAACGUUCCUCUGUUGAAAUAUUCGAUGAGUCCAUAUUGAUCAAUUGCGAACACGAAACCAUUGACUCUAAUUUCCUGCGAUGCUUGAACGUUAAAGACGUACGAAAUAUAACUUUUAGUAAUUGUUACAUGUCGGGAAUGGACUUUGGAAUAUUUACCUUUGGGUAUAAAGUCGAAAACGUGAAGAUAUUGUACACAAUAAAUGAGAGAAACUUCGAAAGUGCAACUUUCAUUAAUCUGCAAUCAUUGAAAUCUGUCGUGAUUCAAGGCGUGAGAACAUCUGAUUUACUUCAUUUGAUUUUCAUCAAUGUUCCUUUACUAACAUCUUUGCAGAUUAAAAAUUAUAACUUCACUUUAUUUCAAAAAAGACCUUUUUCGAAUUUAAUUAAUCUUUCUGAGUUACACAUUACGAAUGGAAUGUUAAAAGUUUUACCGGAAGAUCUAUUUUACAACCUUCAGAAUUUGACAAAACUGGACCUAAGUGAAAAUCACAUUGAAUCGUUUCCUCCAUUUGUCUUUAGAAAUCUCACGCGACUUGAAUAUUUGUAUUUAAGUUGGAACGAAAUAAAGAAUUUACCUGGUGACAUGUUGAAGGGUCUCUCUAAUUUAAAGACAUUGUAUAUUGAUAGACACAAGAGAUUAUCAGAAAUUCCGUUUGGAUUCUUCAAGGGACUACACAACUUGAGAGAGUUAAAUGCAUGGGGUUGUUCCUUUUCUUCACUCGAAGAAAAUGUAUUUUCUGACUUGAUCAAUUUAACGGCCAUAGAUCUAGACUUGAAUCAAUUUGAACAUCUUUCAGAAAAUCUUCUGAAAAAUAACAAAAUGCUGACGAUUUUUUCCUUUUCGGGUAAUAAAAUAACGACACUCCCGAGAAAAAUAUUUCAUGGACUUUCAAAUCUGAAAUACAUAAAUCUAUUGAAUAAUCGGUUAGAAAAUCUUCCACAAGAUGUUUUUCUCAAUUUGUCAUCCCUGCAAAUUCUAAUAUUAGCAUUAAAUCGCCUGAAGCAUUUACCUGAAAACAUUUUCUAUACAUUAAAUAAUUUACUAUAUCUUAAUCUUUCUUACAACAAUAUUACUCACAUUUCUGGAAAUCAUCCUUUUGGUAAAAGCAAUCAUCUAAGACACCUGGAUGUAAGUAAUGCUGGUUUGACAGUAUGGCCCAUAAUAAAUUGGACAGAAUACAACUUGACUACAGUAGAUUUCGCAAAUAAUCACUUUGAAACAGUGAAUUUGCCAAUUUACACUCCAAAUGACAUGAAAAUUGAUUUGUCUAAGUGCAAAAUCAGAACAAUUUACUUGGAUGAGUGGAAGUAUGGAUUUCAAAUGCCUACUUAUGAUUUAAACAAUAAUUCAAUCACGUGUGACCACAAACUAGAGCAGUUUGUUUUUACACUUACGUAUAGUUUAGAUGUAGCAUUAAAAAUGUUUCCAAAUAUACACAAUAUGAAAUGCUAUGGAGAAGGAAGAAACGUCCUGGGAAACACAAAAUUUAUUAAUAUAGGAAAUCAUUGUCCACUGAAUUGUGAAUGUGUUGCAGAACAUAAUAACGUGAAGCUAAAUUGUUCUGGAAGAGGAAUAAAGAAAAUACCAGAAGCUGUGCUCCAAAAUACAACCAUCGUCGAUUUAAGUAAUAAUUACAUAAAAGAAUUGUUAAAUUUGGAUUUUGUGAGAUGGGAAAACGUCAGGCAUCUAAAUUUAAGCAAUAAUUCUUUAAUUAAUUUUCCAGAUUGUUUCCUUCCUCCACACGUAACGUUUCUGUCAUUAGAUAAAAAUCAGUUAACAGAACUUUCUCCGGGAUUAAUGAAUCUCAUAGACACUUCUAAAGAAUUUAAAAUUUCCUUAUCAGUAAACAAUUGGAGUUGUGAUUGUAAUUCACGUUUCACUAAAGAUUGGUUGCUUAGGAACAUGCAGAAAAUCGCCGAUUUCUCAAAAGUUUCGUGUCAAAGAAAUUCGUUUAUUCUGUCUUUUGCCGAAAUUGUGUCUGGUGAUUUCUGCACACGAACUGAAGUAAUUGCGAUUUCUUCUGUAAAAUGGAAAAUCUAUGUUACCGUUCUAAGUCUUGUUAUUGUAAUCCUUCUAAUUGUAUUCGUGUAUAUUGUUUACAGGUGGGAAAGAAAGACAAAAAACAGACUUUACCAAAAAUUGGGCAAAAUGAGGUUUGUUAUCUUUUUACAAUUCCUAUUCGUAAUGGUAAAUUCUUGUGAACAAUUUUGGAAAAAUUGGGGAAACGUUUCUUGUACAACGUCAGCAAACAGUUGCCAUAUGUCAAGUAAACGUUCCUCUGUUGAAAUAUUCGAUGAGUCCAUAUUGAUCAAUUGCGAACACGAAACCAUUGACUCUAAUUUCCUGCGAUGCUUGAACGUUAAAGACGUACGAAAUAUAACUUUUAGUAAUUGUUACAUGUCGGGAAUGGACUUUGGAAUAUUUACCUUUGGGUAUAAAGUCGAAAACGUGAAGAUAUUGUACACAAUAAAUGAGAGAAACUUCGAAAGUGCAACUUUCAUUAAUCUGCAAUCAUUGAAAUCUGUCGUGAUUCAAGGCGUGAGAACAUCUGAUUUACUUCAUUUGAUUUUCAUCAAUGUUCCUUUACUAACAUCUUUGCAGAUUAAAAAUUAUAACUUCACUUUAUUUCAAAAAAGACCUUUUUCGAAUUUAAUUAAUCUUUCUGAGUUACACAUUACGAAUGGAAUGUUAAAAGUUUUACCGGAAGAUCUAUUUUACAACCUUCAGAAUUUGACAAAACUGGACCUAAGUGAAAAUCACAUUGAAUCGUUUCCUCCAUUUGUCUUUAGAAAUCUCACGCGACUUGAAUAUUUGUAUUUAAGUUGGAACGAAAUAAAGAAUUUACCUGGUGACAUGUUGAAGGGUCUCUCUAAUUUAAAGACAUUGUAUAUUGAUAGACACAAGAGAUUAUCAGAAAUUCCGUUUGGAUUCUUCAAGGGACUACACAACUUGAGAGAGUUAAAUGCAUGGGGUUGUUCCUUUUCUUCACUCGAAGAAAAUGUAUUUUCUGACUUGAUCAAUUUAACGGCCAUAGAUCUAGACUUGAAUCAAUUUGAACAUCUUUCAGAAAAUCUUCUGAAAAAUAACAAAAUGCUGACGAUUUUUUCCUUUUCGGGUAAUAAAAUAACGACACUCCCGAGAAAAAUAUUUCAUGGACUUUCAAAUCUGAAAUACAUAAAUCUAUUGAAUAAUCGGUUAGAAAAUCUUCCACAAGAUGUUUUUCUCAAUUUGUCAUCCCUGCAAAUUCUAAUAUUAGCAUUAAAUCGCCUGAAGCAUUUACCUGAAAACAUUUUCUAUACAUUAAAUAAUUUACUAUAUCUUAAUCUUUCUUACAACAAUAUUACUCACAUUUCUGGAAAUCAUCCUUUUGGUAAAAGCAAUCAUCUAAGACACCUGGAUGUAAGUAAUGCUGGUUUGACAGUAUGGCCCAUAAUAAAUUGGACAGAAUACAACUUGACUACAGUAGAUUUCGCAAAUAAUCACUUUGAAACAGUGAAUUUGCCAAUUUACACUCCAAAUGACAUGAAAAUUGAUUUGUCUAAGUGCAAAAUCAGAACAAUUUACUUGGAUGAGUGGAAGUAUGGAUUUCAAAUGCCUACUUAUGAUUUAAACAAUAAUUCAAUCACGUGUGACCACAAACUAGAGCAGUUUGUUUUUACACUUACGUAUAGUUUAGAUGUAGCAUUAAAAAUGUUUCCAAAUAUACACAAUAUGAAAUGCUAUGGAGAAGGAAGAAACGUCCUGGGAAACACAAAAUUUAUUAAUAUAGGAAAUCAUUGUCCACUGAAUUGUGAAUGUGUUGCAGAACAUAAUAACGUGAAGCUAAAUUGUUCUGGAAGAGGAAUAAAGAAAAUACCAGAAGCUGUGCUCCAAAAUACAACCAUCGUCGAUUUAAGUAAUAAUUACAUAAAAGAAUUGUUAAAUUUGGAUUUUGUGAGAUGGGAAAACGUCAGGCAUCUAAAUUUAAGCAAUAAUUCUUUAAUUAAUUUUCCAGAUUGUUUCCUUCCUCCACACGUAACGUUUCUGUCAUUAGAUAAAAAUCAGUUAACAGAACUUUCUCCGGGAUUAAUGAAUCUCAUAGACACUUCUAAAGAAUUUAAAAUUUCCUUAUCAGUAAACAAUUGGAGUUGUGAUUGUAAUUCACGUUUCACUAAAGAUUGGUUGCUUAGGAACAUGCAGAAAAUCGCCGAUUUCUCAAAAGUUUCGUGUCAAAGAAAUUCGUUUAUUCUGUCUUUUGCCGAAAUUGUGUCUGGUGAUUUCUGCACACGAACUGAAGUAAUUGCGAUUUCUUCUGUAAAAUGGAAAAUCUAUGUUACCGUUCUAAGUCUUGUUAUUGUAAUCCUUCUAAUUGUAUUCGUGUAUAUUGUUUACAGGUGGGAAAGAAAGACAAAAAACAGACUUUACCAAAAAGUAAGUAUGCAAGUGAGAUAAAGCA